AUGGCACUGCAGAUGACAGGCUGCAACAUUUCGUACUGCCCACGCGACCACACAACCUUUGCGCCAGAUCUUGACUGGCUCGAGGCCAACCUUGCAGGAAAGAAGAUGCUGGUGCUUGUGAACCCAUGCAACCCGACGGGAACGGUGGCCAGCAAGGAGGAACUGAAAGCAAUGAGCAAGCUCUGCACACAGCAUGGUGUCUGGUUCAUUGUCGACAACACAUACGAAUACUUUGUGUUUGACGGCGCACACCAUGAAUCCAUUGGUGGCGACCACGUGCUGAACGUGUACUCCUUCUCCAAAGCAUAUGGGCUCAUGGGCUGGCGCGUGGGCUACAUUGCAUGGCAGAAUGAUGCCCUGACGCCACAGUUGAUGAAAGUACAGGACACAGUUGUCAUCUGCCCGGCUCGAUUGAGCCAAGUUGUCGCGUUGGGUGCUGUGGCUGCAGGGCACGAGUGGUGUGCUGAGCGCAUCCGCAAACUCGACACAAACCGAGAGAUUUUGUUUGACGCGAUUCGCUCGUAUGAUCCCAACGCACUCGUUGGACGCCACGACGGCGCCAUCUACGCCAUGGUCAAGGUUGACGGGCGCGUGCUCGCGUGCGCGGUUGGCGGCAGCGUGUACAUCUUUGACACGGCCGCGCUGUGGAACACGCCAGCAGAGGCCACGCCCAAGCAAGUGAUUCAGGAGGAUGCAGACGACACCAUUGUUGAGCUCCUCUUCAACCCGGGCAACUUUGCCGACAAGGCCAUCGAAUGGUGGGACACGUUUGUCGUCGCAACAUCGCACCGCCUUUCGCUGUAUCAGAUCACCAAGAAGACGGGCCAGUACGACAGAACCUCAACUACAACCACAGACAAGGCCAUCACGUCCCGCUCCAAGUACCGCAUCGGCCGGCUUGGAGUUGACAAACUUGAUGGCCGCUGUAGUGUGUGCAAUUGA